AAAAGAACGGUGACUCUAUUCGUCCGAGGUCAAUCAAGACGUCCCCCCCUUCAGGAGGCGCGGACUUUACAAGUACUCUGCAGCUUGAAAUUGGUGGCUUUUCUUUCCUUUUUCGAGCUAUUAAACCAGGCACAGCGCCCCCAAGUCGAGGUUCUUGCAGCCACGGGCCCACGACUACCUACCCAGGUAUGUGCUGAAGCUCACUCAGGGCCAGAUACCACCCAUCUCAACACCAUGAACGGCCGCCUCCUCCUCCUCGCUGCCCUAGCAGCAGCCGCAACCGGCCAGGAAUGCGACUACUAUUCCAACAACCACUGCCUCAAGUCGCCCGAGACCGUGAGCACCACCGUCCCCUUCACCCCCCUUUUCUCCGCCGCCCCGACCUUCGUCUACGGCGUCGACGAGCUGGACAGCAACGACAUCGAGACGGCGCGGGACAAGGACAUGUUCAGCAUCCCCGCGGCCUACUCCGGCCCCGUGCUCAAGGUCGCCUGGUGGCUCGAGUACGACAACAAGACGGUCAACCUCGACCGGGCCCAGAACCGCCACUACUACGCCUUCGCCAUGGAGACCAGCUCUACGAACGGAGUCGGUGGCGGCGCCAACGGCUGCGCCGACCUGCUCGGCACCGAGUGCGUCCGCAACCUCAAGGAGGUCGUCGCGUCCAGGACCUUUGCCGCCUCCUACGUGCUGGGCGGGAUGGGCUAUGUCAUGGGCCAGCUGGCGGAGCGCCCGCUGCGCAAUCUGUCGUGCCCGGAGGACAUCUUUGGGAACACGCCGUCGUCGUUGUCGGCUAUACAGGACGCGCAGUUGCCGUUAUAUCUGGACGGAUUCGAUGAGUUUGCGACGAUCCGUGACGACGGCCUGAUCACGACGCCACCGCCGCCCGGGAACGCGAGCUUCACGCAUGUCUCUGGCCAGUUCCGGUACCGUACUCUGGAGGCGCACAGGGCCCAGGGGUUGGUGGCCGUUACGGUGAGCUGGCCGGCUGUGGACGCUGUCGUAGGGGAGCCGUUGAAUUAUACGAUGGAUGAUGUUACGGUUGAGACUGCCUGUCUUCGGCUUGGGGCGGCGGGGGGGACUGGUGGUGGGAAUGGGGGCGGUGGGGAGAACGCGGCGCCGAGAUACCGAGUCGGUGGAGGGCUGGUCGUGGCGGUGGUAGGGGCGUUGGUGAUCAUGUUGUAGGUUUGAGAUGCCGAGUGUAGGUUAUGACUGUGACUAUUAGCCAUGCAAUUAUAUCGUACUUA